UAUUGUUUAAUUGGGCUUCUAUUAGAUCACCAACUACUGAUAUUUCAACAUCUUAGAAAGCUAGCACUGGUCAGAUUUCAGAAUCACUUUGUCCACUUCUGCAAUCUCUCUCUUGAUAAACAUUCAACCAUAGCAGAUAAAUUUACACUAAUAUGCCUUAUAUAUUGCACAUAUUAUAGAGAGAAAAUAAGGCCCUUACUUGUGUGUCCACAUUAUGAACCAGCAAGAGAAUCAAGACUUGGCUUCUUCCUUGCCUGCUCUUCCACGGUUAGAUCGCCUUGAUCGCCUACACUUUUGCAUUUCAAGGUCCAGCUCAUCAUCAGGGCAUGUUUCAGUUACAGUAGGCCAAGCCCAGGACCAAAAAUCAAAACUCCGGGAUAGGAAAGGCCCUGAUCAUCUUGUAGUUGAGGAAAAGGGCUUGACUAAUGAAAUACCUUUGACAAAAAAGACAGAACAAAGUACUAUUACUAAUAAGAGUAGGAUUGAGAGAAGGAUAUCCCUCAGAAAAUUGCUUGGGUGGCUCCGACUGGGAUGUUAAACUAUGAUAUGUGAAUGUUUGGAACCAUUGUUAUAUAUGCCUUAAUGAAGCAGUUGGUUUAACAGAUUCGCUCUUUUUCGCUUUUAUCUUAACUAAAGUACUCCCGGAAAAGUACAGGAGUGUGUCAGUUUACUCGCAAAGUUUAAGUGUAUAACUGCAAAUUUGGUGCAAGUUCAGGAGUGAAUUAUGUAUCAAACAACAUAUUAAUAUAAGAUGUUAUAAAUU